CCCGAUAAACCUCGUUUGGCUUUACUUAUCUCUCCCUCCAGGCUGCAGGUGACUCCGCCGAGACGGCGAGGGGGAAGAAACGAAUAGCUCGUCCUCUCUCCGCUCAGGGGAAACAUGCCUAAGCAAACUUUCCCUUUCAGUCAAUCACGCACCAGAAUCUCCGAACGAAAGCCCUAACUUCCUCAUUUUCUCUCCAUCUCAAGUUUGGCUUCAUGGAAUCCAUUUGCAGUUCGUGUUCCGCAUUUAGUGGCACUCAUUUAUUCCCUCUAACAUCCAGAGUUAACCUCCUGUCUCUUACUUCAUCUCGAUAUUCUUCAAACUUGAAUUUCUUUAGGAGGAAACAUCGUCAUUUUCGUCGAUUUAGAGGAGAAUCCUCGGAUAAGCGCCGGAUUUUGAUUCAGACAACUAAGAACUUUGGCACAUUUGCUUCUACAGCAUUUUUCAGUGACUCAAAAUCUAUCAGGGAAGACAGUUCUGUGUCGUUCCCUGUGAAUUUUCCAAAUGCCGAGAGCAAUCUACUCGAAUCUGUUCGAAAGGCGAUUGUGCUAGCGGUAUUUUUUGUAGCUGUUGGUUUCUUACCAAAUCGCAUCCUUCUAAGGCCCGCCAUUGCCGCUGUAAGUGUAGUUUCAAGAGAGGAAGUUAGAAGGAAAGAGGAAGAGUCCAAUAUAAAGGAUCAUGAGUACUCGGAUUACACUCGAAGAUUGUUGGAAACGGUUUCGCGUCUUAUUCAGAAAAUUGGAGAGGUUAGGUUGUCUAAAGGAGACCUGAAGGGAGUUAAGGAAGCAUUGAAGGAGGUUAACUCGAAAAGGAAGGAGUUGCAGGAGGAAAUUCUGAAGAGGUUGAAUGCUGAGCUGAGAGAGUUGAGAGGUGAGAAAGCAGCCCUUGUCAAACAAUCAGGAGAUAUUAUUGAUUCAGUGUUAAGGGUUAAGAAGGAGCAGGAAAAGUUGUCGAGGAAGUUGGGUGGUAGAGAGAAAUUGAAAAAACAGACUGAGACGCUGGAAGAGAGUAUGAUUGCUUCGGAGAAGGAGUACAAUGCGAUAUGGGAAAAGGUAAGUGGGAUCGAAGAUAAGAUGUUGAGGAGGGAGACGAUGGCUUUCAGCGUCGGCAUCAGAGAACUUUCUUUUAUUGAGAGAGAAAGUGAGCUUUUAGUGGAGAGGUUCAACCGUGAGUUGAGGCGCCGGCGUGUUGAAAAGCAUGGGAGGAUAGUGAUUGGAGCCCAGGUGAAGAAAUGGAAUCCCAACGUCCUUUGUCUUCAAGAGACUAAAUUGGAGACUAUGGAGCUGUCUCAAACUAGAUCGAUUUGGGGCGACAGGAACUGCGAUUGGGAGUGUGUUCCAGCAAUAGGAACAGCAGGUGGAUUGGUUAUUGUUUGGGAUCCGGAUGUAGUGGGGAUGAAGGCUAAAAGAAUGAAACCAGUCAUGGGACAUGUUACAUCUGAAUUCCAAGGUGCAUUUGUUGAGGGGAGACAAAUGGUGGAUGGUGUAUUAAUUGCAAAAGAGCUGAUAGAUUCCCGGAUUAGAAGUGGGAGAGCAGGUUUGCUAUGCAAGAUGGAUCCGGAAAAAAGCAUACGAUCAUGCGAACUGGGAUUUUUUGGAUUACAUUUUAAGGAGAAUGAACUUCAGUUCCAGGUGGAGGAAUUGGAUGAAGGGAAAUUGACUUGGAGAGCAGUGCCAGGGGUUUUCUUGGAAGAUUUCAGGGUGGGAGAAAACAGGCUGGAGAUUCCUCUAUUACAUUUUGCAGAUGACUCAGUUUUUUUUUUCUCCUGCAAUGCAUCCAGGGAGCAAAUUGAUACUCUUAUGGCCAUUCUUUGGUGGUUUGAUGUGGUUUCGGGGUUACACUUGAAUGUUCACAAAAGUGAACUGGUGGCAGUGGGAGAGGGGAUAAGUGCAAUUCCAAGUCUAUUUGAGAACCCAUUUUGGAGAGGAAUGAGAAGAGGUUGGCUGGAUGGAAAUCGAGGUAUCCAUCAAAGGGAGCUGGGGUUGCCAGAUCCGAUUGAGAGGAAAAUGAGAGAGUUUCUGUGGAAGGGGUGGAAGGAGAGUAAGAAAGUUCAUUUAGUUAAUUGGGGAAAGGUGUGCAAACAAAAAAAGAAGGGAGGGCUGGGAAGAAGAAAAAUUCGGGAAAUGAAUUUAGCCUUUCUUGGCAAGUGGUUUUGGAGGUUUGGUCACCAAAGGAAUUGCUUGUGGAAGAGAGUAAUUGAAGCAAAAUAUGGUUCAAGGAAUGAAGAUUGGGUCCGUGUUGAUGCAAAUCAGUCGUAUGGUUGUUCGGUUUGGAAGGGAAUUGAAAAAAGCUACAGUGCUUUUAGUAAGGAAAUCAAGUUUGUAGUGGGAAGGGGUACUAGAGUUACUUUCUGGUUGGAUCAUUGGUGUGGAAACAAUAUGCUAAAGGAUGAUUUCCAAGAAUUAUUUGCAAUUGCAGCAAACAAGGAGGCAAAAGUGGCUGAAUAUGUACAGUCUCAAAAUGGACACAUUCCAUUGAAGGUGUCUUUCUUUAUUUGGGAUGCUUACGUGAAUAACAUUCCUACAAGAGACAAGUUGGAGCGCAUCCUUUUGGACCGAGAUAGGGUGGUGGCUAAAACAUGGUACAAUGAAGAAAAAAAUCGUUGGGAAAUGGAUUCAAUUGCUGUUCCUUAUGCUGUUUCCAAGAAGCUUGUGGAGAAUGUUCGCAUCAGGCAUGACUGGGCUGCAAUGUAUAUUGCUCUCAAGGGUGACGACAAGGAAUAUUAUGUUGAUAUCCAGGAAUUUGAAAUGCUAUUUGAAGAUUUUGGAGGGUUUGAUGGGCUCUAUCUCAAAAUGUUAGCUUCUGGUAUUCCAACUGCUGUUCAGCUUAUGCAUAUCCCAUUGUCAGAGCUGGAUAUCCGUCAACAGUUUUUCUUAGCAAUGAGGCUUUCUCGUCAAUGUCUGGUUGGUUUAUGGAAAUCUGGAGUUGUACAGCAUGUGAAAAGAUGGGUUUUUGAGAAGAUCAAGAAUAUCAAUGAUGAUAUAAUGAUGAUGAUUAUAUUUCCUAUCGUUGAGUUUAUUAUCCCUUUUCCGGUAAGAAUGAAUUUGGGGAUGGCAUGGCCAGAGGAUGUUGAUCAAGCUACUGCCUCAACAUGGUACCUGAAAUGGCAGUCUGAUGCAGAAAUAAAUUUCAAAUCCAGGAAGGGGGAUGAUAUCCAAUGGUUUCUUUGGUUCUUAAUUAGAAGCAUAGUAUAUGGCUAUGUAUUAUUUAAUGUGCUCCGUUUUUUGAAGAGGAAGAUUCCAAGGUUUCUUGGAUACGGGCCUUUACGUAGAAAUCCAAACUUGCGAAAAUUGCGGAGAGUGAAAGCUUAUUUUAGAUUUAAAUUAAGGAGAAGAAUACGUAGAAAAAAGGAGGGCAUUGAUCCAAUAAGAUCUGCUUUUGAUCAAAUGAAGAGGGUAAAGAACCCACCAAUAAGACUAAAGGACUUCGCUAGUGUUGAAUCAAUGAGAGAAGAAAUUAAUGAAGUUGUGGCGUUUCUACAAAAUCCCAGUGCAUUCAGAGAAAUGGGUGCUUGUGCACCUCGGGGAGUGCUCAUUGUAGGUGAGAGGGGAACAGGGAAAACAUCCCUAGCACUUGCUAUAGCUGCAGAAGCCAAGGUGCCUGUUGUUGAAGUUAAGGCUCAACAGUUGGAGGCUGGUUUAUGGGUUGGCCAAAGUGCAUCAAAUGUUAGGGAACUUUUCCAAACAGCAAGGGAUCUGGCACCUGUUAUAAUCUUUGUUGAGGAUUUUGACCUGUUCGCUGGUGUUCGUGGAAAGUUUAUUCACACUAAAGAGCAGGACCAUGAGGCUUUUAUUAAUCAACUUCUUGUGGAACUUGAUGGGUUUGAGAAACAGGAUGGGGUUGUCUUAAUGGCUACUACUAGAAACCUCAAGCAAAUUGACCAGGCCUUACAACGGCCUGGUCGAAUGGAUAGAAUAUUUCAUCUUCAACGGCCUACUCAACUUGAAAGGGAGAAAAUCUUGCGUAUUGCAGCAAAAGAAUCCAUGGACCAUGAACUCAUAGAACUCGUAGAUUGGAAAAAGGUUGCUGAAAAGACAGCUCUCUUACGGCCUGUAGAGUUAAAGCUUGUUCCUUUAGCAUUGGAAGGUAGCGCCUUUAGGAGCAAAUUCCUUGACACAGAUGAACUUAUUAGUUACUGUGGCUGGUUUGCGAGUUUCAGUGACGCUGUUCCCAAAUGGCUGAGGGAAAUAAAAAUUGUGAAGGGGAUCAGCAGAUGGCUAGUAAAUCAUCUAGGACUGACUUUGACAAAGGAUGAUAUGCAGAAUGUUGUUGAUCUGAUGGAACCAUAUGGUCAAAUAAGCAAUGGAAUUGAACUUCUUAACCCUCCACUUGAUUGGACAAGAGAGACAAAGUUCCCACAUGCUGUAUGGGCUGCUGGUCGAGGUCUCAUUGCUCUUAUUCUACCAAAUUUUGAUGUUGUUGAUAAUAUAUGGCUUGAGCCAUUUUCUUGGGAGGGAAUAGGGUGCACAAAGAUUACUAAGGCCAAGGAUGAAGAAUCUAUGAAUGGAAAUGUAGAAACAAGAUCAUACCUUGAAAAAAAGCUUGUAUUCUGCUUUGGUUCAUAUGUUGCAGCCCAAAUGCUACUUCCUUUUGGUGAAGAAAAUUUUCUUUCUUCAUCAGAACUCAAGCAGGCACAGGAGAUAGCCACACGGAUGGUGAUUCAAUAUGGAUGGGGUCCUGAUGAAAGUCCUACAAUUUACUUCUGUAGUAACGCGACAACAGCAUUGAGUAUGGGUAACAAUCAUGAGUUUGAGAUGGCAGCCAAAGUUGAGAAGAUUUAUGAUUCAGCAUAUGACAAAGCAAAGAAUAUGCUUCAAAAGAACCGCAAAGUUCUUGAAAAGAUUGUAGAAGAGUUGCUUGAGUUUGAAAUAUUGACAGGAAAGGAUUUGCAAAGGAUUUUUUAUGAGAAUGGUGGGAUUCAAGAGAAAGAACCAUUUUUUUUGUCAAACCUUUAUGACAAGGAGCUCGAAUCUAGCUAUUCUGUUGAUGGCCGGAACGCAUCAGCAACUGCUCUUUUAGGUCUGGCAACGUAGAGAGGAAAAGAAAGGUUGUCAGGACUGACAUGGAAAAAUGAAGAGAAAACACCAUCUUAUGCUUCUGAAGUUCAAAGUUUAGGUGCUCUAACGGAUAAUGAGAUUUCUGUUGUAUUAUAAUUUUUUCAGUUUUAAUUUUUUGAUCCUUUCUAAACAUGCUAAAGGGAUGUUAAUGUAAACACUAUUGUACAGUACCGGGUUAAAAUUUUGAGUGGAUGAGAAGAGGCUGCACUUCUUUUUUUAAUUUUCUCAACCAUGUAAAUUUGAAUAAAAUUUACCGGGUUAGAAAUUAUGUUCCAUUAGUAUCAAUAAAAUUAUAUAAGCGCUUAGUACUA